AACCAGAAAUAGUCAAAAAACGCUGCCAGCCAUUGCAAAGAUGGCAGACCCUUUUGAGGUCCGUAUGCGAUUUACCAUGCAACUACAGCAUCUAAGCGCUGCGAUAGCUUCGUCGCAUAGAGCAGCACAGUAUGCGCUCAAAUACCGGGAUAUGGAUGAGGAUCUCCAUUCGUGUAUCCUAGAGCAACUUGAAAGAAAUAAUAUGAACAACCGGGCGAACAUAAUGUACUUUAUCGAACACUUUUGCGAAUUAGCUAGCAAGGAAAACCACCUCAACUACGUCCGCAUGAUUCAACGUGACAUGCUCACAAUCGUCGACUCAGUCGCUCCCGCAGAUGGCUCCGGAGCAGCAAAUGUGAAGCAUGUGCGCCGAGUUCUACAGGGUCUACAAGAUAAAAACUUUCUCUCAAGCGAAACCGUAACAGAAAUCGACGCGGCAUUGAAAGAGCGGGAAACCAACCCGUCAAAUGUCCUUGAUUCAGAGGUACCAGAGGACUCUGGACAGACACCGAGCAGAAGCUCAAAGGCCAAUGGGACCAUUCGAGUUGAUAAAAGACAAAUUGAGCAGAGGAUUGAAGAAGACCGAGAACGAAAUAAGAGGUUACGAGAAAGUAUGUGGACGGUUAGUGGCAAUAAUAAAGGGGAGUUCCAGCAGUGCUGGGAUGACGUUAGUGAUAUUGGGGAUGAUGAUUUCCUUGGAGCAGAGGAAGAGUGUGCCGAGAGAAAGCAAAUGGUCACGGCUUAAGGAAUGGAUUUCUCGUCAAGUUGAUUGGAAUUGGCAUAUUGCAUGAGUGGGCGUUUUGGGUCAUUGAUUUGAUUUAUGCAUUUAUAUUUACCGUGAUAUCUAUAAGGCACUUUUAAGCUUGAGUCGAAGGUUGGACAGGAGUUUA